AUGUUAAUUAGUGACAGUGUAUUCAACCUCUCUGACUUGCAUUCAGAUAUUAUGUUUGAUAUCAACCAACGUGACGUCAGCGUUGCUAUUUUAAACAUUACAUCUCAAAGCAACGGUCAUGGACAUCUUUAUAGUUAUGUGCCUGAUUCCGAAUUGAUUGAAUCAUUAGUCACAUGCACCGAUGGAGUUUACAUUGAUUUUGAUUACAUAUCAAACUCAGAUAAUGAAAUUAACGAAAAGAAAAAAACAAAGGCGCUUCAAUAUAACCUCCUUCUUAAAUCUCCAUCGAUAAUGAUUGCAGACAAUGAAAGCUUGAUUUUAUCAGCUAACGAGGGUAGUAUUUUUCCAAGCAUACCUUCUGAUUCAAUCAAGAAAGACAUUCGAAAGAAUUUUUUUGAAUAUGAUGUACUGACCUAUACUCUUUCCAUGACAAGCGUUGAUCCAAUUUUAAAGAAAAGAGCAACUCAAGGAUUUAGAAUUACUGACAUCAAGUAUUCCACUCCAACUGACAAAUUAUCAAAGUUCAAAGCUGAAGACGAAAAGUUGGAUUUAAAGUAUGUCAAAAUGAGCAUGCUUUAUCGAAGGAACGUAGAAAUAAUAUACAAAGUGCAUAUCGAAAGAUCUGGACCAGGUAUGGAAGAACAAGAUCUUGAUGUCUUGACUUCGAAUAAUUUUACGGGGUUCGGAAUCUCAAAAUCCAAUAAGGCUAAAAUCUCAGUCACCAUAACUGUCUUCAUGCACAAAAACAAUUUAGAAAAAUUUAAAACAUUCCUCAAAAAACGAACGAAAGAACCUUUUCUAAAAUAUCUACAGGAGUAUAUUCAGUCUAUCAACAUUGAAGAUGUUCUCAUUGAACAGUAUUUUAACUUGUCAGAGAAUUGUUCUGGACUCAAUCGAUCCUCUAUAAGAAAAAUGGACAUUCCCAAUAUUAAUUUUGAACAUGAAAGAGAAUUCUUCUUUGAGACACAAAAACUAGCACUUUCCCAAAUGGGAACUAACGAUGCUUCUCCUACUGUACAAAACAAUGUAGCUCUCUUCAAAUCGUUUUGCGAGAAUGCUUGGUGCUCUACAAAAGUUUCAGACGAUAUUUUUAUUUUAUUUAUUUCUGAGCAAGACCACACAUGCUACAUGUACGACACUGUACACGAUACCUCUCUAUUAACGAUGGAAGAAAAAGAUACCUCUGUUUCUUGUGGAUUUUGUUUAUUGAAAAUUGUGAAAUCAUAUACAUCCAUUGUAGAACUGAAAUUUCAAUUUUUCAAUGUUUCCUCCUUCACAAUAUUUAGAGUUCUAAGACAUUUCAAGGAACAGUCUCUAAAGCUUUUCUAUCAAAGAAAUAUUCAUGCACAUUUCAUUGAAAACACUGCUUUCUCAGAAAUUGUGGCAAGACUUCCAAUUUGUAAAGAUGAUGAAACUCAAUAUCUCCAGUCGUUAUUCAGUCAUCCUCCGCAUUUUACUUCGUACCUUAAGCACAAAAAUUGGAUAUGGCCUCUCGGAGGAAGACUUAACGUUGCAGCGAUUUUAUCAUGCUUAUUCGCGCAAAGGUUAAAUGAAGGCUUUUCUCUGGUGAACACUAGACAAUCUGUAGUGUUUGUCAAGGAGUUAGAAAUCACGAAAAUCAAUUAUUUCUCGAAUACUGACUUUUUAUCAAAGCUUAUUCUGUUUUAUUGUAUUCAUAUUUUGAAGAAAGAGAAAAAACUCAUUACAGAGGUGUGGAUUGAACCGCAAUCAGGCUAUGUUACCUAUACCAAUGGAAUGCAGGUUGAUUCGAAUCAAUUGUGUACAGAUUUAUGUGAAAAUUGGUUCUAUAAUCUAGACUUACAAAUUAUCUCAUUGUUCUCUACGUUUGACAGCAUAGUAGCGGCUUGUAAAUCUGGUAAAGGCAAUAACAACUCUAUCACUCUUUUCCAGCCUGAGAAACCUGGUACCGUUACUCCUUUUAACUUGAAAGGCAUUUUCGAACGUUCUGAACGGCAAAGCUUGAAAUUUAAAGUAUUUAAAUUUGUGACUCAUACUGACACUGACACUGAGAUAGCAAAGAAAAGCAAUAUUGCUUUGUAUGACCGACUUUUGAAAAUUCUAUGCAAUAUCAAUGAUGUUGAAAUAAGUAUUGACAAGAUACCUCUAAAUUUGGAUAUGAAAUCUCGAUGCUUUGCAAGAACAUUUGAAAAUGUUGGAUCAGACAAACAAAAAGAUUUCCUUAUAACCAUAGUGCCUUCUCAUGUAACUGGAGAAGAAAAAGAUUUCACUGUCAUUGUAUGCGUUUGUACAGAGGAUCAGCUUCUAUUUGUGGACAAGUUGAAACGAAACGAAAAUAUGGAGCAUGUAGUUUGUUCUAAAUAUUCUUCUAUUGUUCAUCGUCAUCCCGCAUUGACACACGACGAAGAACACGCACUUGCUUCGUCAGCAACGUAUUGUGACUUUGUUACAAACUUGCAUGCAUACAGUUUUACCUAUGGAGUUUACAAGUAUUUGAACCAAAAAUUAACAAUAGAUCGAGAAAGCAUAGUUUCUGCUGUUGAGUCAUGCUAUGAGUAUAGAGAAGAGAUUGAUCUCACCGAGUUCUUUGAGGCCAUUUUAUUAUCUAGAAACUAUUUCUUUGAAAAAUCCGAAAAUGAGACUACUCCCUGUGAGAACAUGGUUAAUUCGUUCAAAACAAUAAUCGAGAAGUACUUUGAAGAAAUCAGAGGAACCAAAUAUCAUUUUUAUCUGCGAGAAACUUCUAUUCCCAAGUCUACAAAAACUGCUCCAAAGCCCAUAAAGAAGAAAAAUAGCGUGAAAAGUUUUGAUCAUCUCGAAGAAAUUGAUAAUGAGGAAAACUAUGAAGAUGUGUCAGAUGAUGAAAUACAUAGUUUUCAUAGUGGUGACGACGAAACCUCACACUCUCUUUCCAGUCUUUCUGCAGGAUUGAGAGAUUUACAAGUAUCUGAUCAUCAAUCAGACUCUCUCACUGAAAGUUCUGGCUCUUCAGUUAGUGAUACCUUUAAUUUAACGGAACUUGAAAAUUCCACUCUUCCCGUAUUUAUGAGAAUGGAGUGUGUGUUAACUCCAAUUACAAGAGGAAAAGAAGAAUGGAAGGACUUGGAAGUGUUGGAUGAUUAUGGAAAUGAUAUUAAAUUACCAAUCAAAACCAUCCCAAUAGAGAGAAUUUCAAAGAAUAUUAGGUCUAGCAAUGGCGAUUUUUCAAAAAUUUCUUCUGCAUUUGGUGAGAAAGAAGAGGAUAGCGAAGAGGAUGAUGAAUCAGCAGAUUUUACUCCAAGCAAAAUUAACACAGAAAUGGAUUUCGAUUGGAUUAAUUCCUUGAACGCUGUAAAAACAACUUUGAGAUUUUAUUGCAUUACGCUACCACCUGACAAAUAUUAUGCUUCAUUUAACGGAUUUGAGCCUUCAAAGAAGGAUGUUUUGGGAAUGUUUAGAAAUCACGUGUCUGACACCCAAUCCGCCUACGCUAGAAGUAAAUUUGAGCAAGAAGACGAUGCCUAUGAGGAGGAUACAACAGAUGAAGCAGCUCCUUAUUUAGAUAAGGGCUAUCUUCCAAGACAUAUCAGAAGAAUUGUUUCAAGAACCAAAAGACGAUUACAAGCAUUAGUUUCAAAAGAAAUACUGAACGCGCUAUUGAGAACCCAUCCAAUUACUUCAUAUUCCAUUAAGAAAGUUUUUGAUAAUGUAGAAAAGCUCCCCUCGUCAUGCUAUCAGCAACAUACUAUUCCAUUAUUUUUUAUUGACCAAGUUGAAGGUGUUAAACUCUUCCAUCAAGAGCUAAAUUGCUGCCAAAAACAUGCCAUGUUUGAAGAGUAUGACAGAAAGUGCGAGCAAGAAACAUCACCUGGUGAGGUAUCAAACAAAUUCAAAAUUUUCAGCAAGGAACUUGAUGACUUGGAUAUGACCAUGUUUGAUAAUGACACAGAAAUGGAACGAAAUUGUAUUGAAGCACCAUUUUGGAUCAUUUUAAAAACAGAGAGCAAGAAAUCAAUGUCCAUGUUGUUUUACUCACCAAAUACUCUCUCAAUUUCGCAGGCCAAUGACGUGGUCAAUCUCAUUUUCAAAGCAGUUAGAGUGGUGUGUAAGAGAGUGAAUACCCUGCUUCUUCUCUCCAAUUUGCACGAUACCAGAAUAUGUAGCUCGUUACUUCUUCCUGUUAGAAAAGAUAAAGACAAGAAAGCUGUCUCUGAAGUUAGUGUGCUUGACAAGAAGUUUUUACGUAAGGACAAUGAAAAACCAAGCAGUGACAAUUUUAAUGAGGGAGAUUUUGCCUGCAAAAAAACUUUUGAAAUUUCAUUUCCACUUCAUAGCAGGUUAUCCACUGCCAUGGCCAUUAACCACUUGAAUCAAGUUGUUUUCAAUCCCUUCAUUGUUGCUAAUAGAAGUGAGAUGUUUGUGUACAAGGAAAGGAGUGGUCGUGUUUUUUAUCUUCAGCUCACGGAUGGAAACAAACAAUCUCCUACUACCGUACAGAGUCCAAAGGAUGAAGAAUCUCCAACUCUUCCUGUUAGAGAUGAGCAGGAACACAAAACCAAGCUUAAGGAAUAUUCCAUUUCUCUAUCUAGCAUGGGUCAAUAUCUUUAUGCUGAAUUGGAUAUUAAGAGCAAUGUAUCUUCUGUUGUUCUGGAAGUUUAUGGUGUUUAUCCGCCUAGCAUUGAAAUUACAACCCAACUGAAAAACCUUAUUGAAGCAAAGUUAUCUUCACUCACUAUGAACAUUAUAUCCAAUUUAUUACUCAGAAAUAGACAAUUUAAAAUCAAUAUUGAAGAUUUACAGUUUAUCAGACCAUUGCUUUCACAGCCUCAGAAGAGUGUGGUAAUUAGCCUUCCAAAGUUUAUUAACAAUAAGUUGCUUUUCAUGUUAUUUGCCAGAAAUAACAUGUUGACCUACAUGAAUCAAUUAUACCUGACUAGUAGUGAUGAAUCGGCGGAGAGUCCAAGCAACCUCUCGUAUAUGUCCUUUACUGAAGAUGAGGAAGAUGAUAUGGUUUUCAAAGCAGCUGAUUUUUCAUUUUUAUAUAACUCGGUCACUCAGAACACAUAUUCAAGAGCCAUGACAUCUCAGGUCAAUUGUAGAGGUAUUGCCUGCGUACAAAUGACACUUCUAAAUCAAGACGGAGAGAUGGUUACUGUUUUCCCUUCAAUGAAAGAACCAUACACUUGUGAUUUGACUGGUGUGUCCCAAUUGGGUCUUCUUCAAGAGGAGCCGUCAAAUAUAGCUUAUACAGAUUUUGGAGCUCCUAUCCUUCGUAAAGAAGGCAGCACUUCAGAUGAUGAGGACGAUGAAGAAAAUGUUAUUGAAAAAAGUGCCUCUGCAGCUCACCGAAGUGAUAAUGGUAAACUACUACUGGAAGUGUGGAAAAAAGGAGAUGUAGACCUAGCUUCUCUUGUUGAAAAAAUUUGUUUCACUCUUAACCAAACACUGAUAGAUUAUGUUGUCGAAUGCGGACUUUUCACAUUGCCUGCCAUCAAGGCAGGUAGAAUAAGCUCUCCCACAUUAAUGGAGCACAGAGCUGCCCUAUUUUUACCGCUGUGGGAAAUGAAUAGAUUUAUUGGAGAUUUACACAACUUGUUGUCUGCAUAUAGCUUUAAACUGAGACCAAUUACCUUUGUCAGCAAAGAUGCAAGACAAACAUUUGCCAAAUAUUCAAGAAGCAAUGAUCUUAUCGAACAACAUCUAGUCGAUUCCAGCAAUGUUUGUUUUGUUAUGAUGGCUGGUAACUUUUCUGUUUCAACUGAUAAGGUUAUUAACCUUGGUGAAAAUAUCAAAAUAGGGGAUAUCAUUUCUUUAGAUGGGUUUAGUUACAGAAAUUCGAUCAAGUAUACAAGAAAAUGCUGUAUUGUUAUAAUACUAACAAGUGCCGAAUUGCAAGUUAUUGCAUACAAUUGGAAGCCCCAACAAUUUGAAAAGUUCAAGUAUCAUUUGCACCAAACGGUGUCCUGGUUGAGAUGUAGAGCUCACUUACUCAACAGCAUACUCCAUCAAAAGUUGGGUCUCUUUUAUCACUCACAUUCGAGUAACUUGGCAACCGUUCCGACCAACCUAAUGAUUCCUCUUGGUAAACCACAAAAGGAAGUACAAUUUGCAUUCAACAACAUUGAUUUACUCAUUUACAAUAAGCAAAGUGCUCCGAGCGAUCCAAAGACUUCCAAUGCAGUAAGAAGAACGACCCCUUCAGCAACAGCCGUCACAACUAGCAAUCCUCCAACAAGCAUGAAUCCACCAAAACCAAUUCUAGACAUGAGAGGAGGUCAAAUGUACAACCGGUUUAAAAACCUAGGCGCGAAUCCCACACUAGUCUCCUCGUCUACGAAUGACAUGUCGGUAAAAUCCGAUAUUCAGAAAGUCAGAAAAGAGAAAAAACCUCCAUCAAGCAAAAAUCAAUUUGGAUCACUGCUGAAAGGAAUAUUCGAUUUAGAUAAGAGUGCCCCUUCUUUUAAUCCUUUAAGAAGAAUAUUGUUUGGUUCAUCAUCCUUUAUUUCCUCAUCUUCAGCUGCAAUUAUUCAACAUAUUGACAGUGUUGAGGGCGUUCCAGGUGCGGAAGAACAGCAAAAUAAUAACCUUCGUGAAAUUGGUUAUCAUAGAAAAGUAUUUGAAUCAUUCUUGAGUGAAUACGUAGAGUAUAUCAAGUCUUUGGAUAUUUCUGAUGUUUUCUUGCAUCCUUCAGAUCAACAUGACUCGUCGCCAUUGUUACCCUCGACACCUAGUGAUAUGAAUCUAAUUAAUAACUCAAUGGACAAAGACAAAACAAGACCACAGCCCACUCCGCUUGUCCAAGUGGUGGGAAAUCAAAUCAUCAAGCUCCAACCAACCACCAUUUACUUCCAUAAACAAAUGGACGAUGGAGUACUAUUCCUAGAGUUGGGUCUCGACAGCAUUUACGUGUAUCUCAAUGUUUAUAUUUCUGACAUCACAGUUCAAAGACCUUCAUUGUUGAACCCUCGUGCCUCAACGAGAGGAGAGUUCUUGAGAAAAGUAAGCCAAUUCAAACACUCACUUCACAUGAAUUCGUUUUCAUAUGAUUUCCACUUGAGAAACUUUUUGAAUUAUCUAACAACAGAUUACUCUGGAUUUCCAUCUACUUUGAGCUUUAUGAGUUUAUUGAAAGACUUUAAUCAAUUUUAUCCAAAUCCUCCGCCUCAUACUAGAAAUAUUUUGCAUUCACAUACUAUCACUUUUGAAAAUGUUAAAGACAUUGCAGAGAUUAUGCGAGAAAAGGCAACAGCACCUAAAAGUAGCAUGAAAUCACUCGAGCGGGGUCGAUCUUAUAGCACUGAGAGGCGAGAAAUGCUGAAUGAUCCUUUCCAAUUCUUCUUUGAAUAUAUUUGCAAAAACUCUGACAAGUACAAGGUUAAAUUCAGCCAAAAGAGCAAAGAAUGUUUCAUCCUUGAUACAUACAUUUCUCAUGAAGAAGCAGAUUACUCGUACUGUGUAUUGGUCACCAAGUCAGUUGUACAUUCGGAUUCUCAUACCACUUUUUCACAUUACGGCAGCGCAUCAAAUUCUUCAUCAAGAUCUCCAAGCCCCCAAGAAGAAGACAGUACAAUGAAUCUCACCAUGUAUAUUGUGUUUGUCGAUGCAACCAAUAGACAUCCAUAUGAUAGCGAGAUAGAAGGUUCUAAAGAUAACAUGUACAAGGUAGUUACACAAAUGGCUCAACAAUACGAAAGAAAGUUGGCAAAUUUGCUACAAAGUGUCAAAAAUUCGUUCAAACUGGAAAUAUUGUGGGAUAUGGCUCUCAAAUUCAGGAUGAGCGAAAAUUUAUUCAACGAACUCGAUGCAUUAUGGAUCAAAACUCCAAUCACCGAAUACGAUUUUACUCUCUCAAUUUUCGAAGUUACCUAUGUGCCAUGGAAUGAUGUGAUUUCUGAACUGUGGAAUAUUUAUGGAGGAGAGAGAGCAGGAAGUAUAUUCAAGAAAGAUGGCACUGCACAACAUUUACUCAUUAAUCCAACCAGUACUGGUCUGACUGAUUUCAUGUUGCACAUUCAUUACAAGAUUAAGGAAAACGCUGUGAUUGUCUAUUUCUGUAAAAAGAAGCUUGCACAAGAACCUGAACCACUUCACGACCAUAUUCAUACCUCUGCUGCCAUGAUGAAAUCUAAUAAGACACCAUCACCUGUAGUAAGGUACGACCAAAAAACAGAUACUUCUCAAAAUGUGGAAUACCUUGAUCUGAGAAAUAAUUUGUUUGAGAGUGCUCAAUCCGUUCUAGCUGGGCUUUUCUCUCUUCCCAACCUCAAACAUUUGUACAUUACCCUUGAUGAGAAGGAAGAGGAUGAAAUCAUCAUUUCCUUGUCCAAUUUAGAAUCAUUCAACGGAACUCCCUUAACGGACCUUCCCGAUGUUGAUCCACCAAUGUACUUUUCCUUGGCUGAGGAACCCAAAAGAGAGCCUUCUUCCGUGAUGGUGGAACCAUCUCAAGAGACUCAAGCAGCGAUCCAUGAUCAAGUUGAACCCAAACCAGUUGCCUCUGAAGAUUCAGCAUUGCCCAAAGAGCCCAAACAGACAAAUCAGACUGCUUUAUCCAGUGCAGGUAACAUGGGAGAGGGUAUCGACUCGUCCAAUGACGACUUGAAAGAUCUCAAGAGACUCCACGAUUCUGUUGGACUCUAUCUAGGACAAAGAGCUCCGUUUGUUCCAAACAGCACUCCAAUCCUCAAACAACUCAACAGGUCUAAAGAAACACCACAAGAAAUGUUGAGUUACCAAAUCGAAUUAUUGAAUUGCAAAAAGCAGCUAUUUGACUCGUAUUUUGAGAACGUAAUUGAAAAGAUUUCAGAGUUUGAUAAGAAAGCCUCCAGUAUUCUCAUGAUUGUCAAGAAUUCGUAUUCAGACAUGUGUGAUUCAUACUACUCAAUGAUCAAAACAUUUUCUACUGAUUGUUUCUCAAAAUUAGCGACACUUCAGAAAGAUCUGGAUAGUGCUGAUAAGGAUAUUGCCAACCUUCUUGAGGAAACUGAAUCUCUCCAACAAGUUGCUUCUAAAAGCGAGGAGGCAAAGGCAAAAUUGAUUCGUCAGCACGAAGUAGAGCGAGAACAAUUAUCGGAAGAAAUUGGAGCCUUAAAGCUUGAAAUUGAAAAAUAUAAGAACCGAUUGACCCAAGUCCAAGUUAAUAGACAGCGCCUAUCCAUGCAAGUCUCACAAACACCACAACAAAUUCUUUCUCAAAGUAUGAUAAAACCAAAAGAAACAAAACAAGUCAAGUUAAAACCUCUAAGUCUAAAACAACUAAAAGAAAUUAUUGAAGAAAUCUAUGCUUCAAAGCACAAGUUCGAUCAAAAAUGCCAAGAGAGCAAACUACCAAGAGAAACAAUGGAACAACAUUUGUAUACCUUCUUGAAUCAAAAGUACGGGCUUAAAACCUUAAUUUUUGAAUGGGCUACUGCCAUCAAUUUUGGAGUGAAAAGAUUUUCAAGAGAAGACAAUGAUGUCAAAGUGUUCGGCAAAAUUCUUAAAAACGAAAUUGAUGAGGAAUUCAGAUUUGUCCAAAAGCAGCUAAAGGAUACAACCGCAGAACUAUUGAAGGUAUUUUUGAGAGGAAAAUACAGCAAGAAGGUUGAUCAUGAAAUCUAUCAAAUCAUUCAAAAUAGGUUGAAUGGUGAUCUUAAUGAAGACGAAUGGGUUGAUAUCAUCAAGUACAUGUACAACAAGGAAGACUCUCUCACAGUAAUUAUUCGUGUUAAUGAUGCCAUUCUAGAGCAUCAAAAACUUCAAAUGUCCCUUGGAUCACCUUCAACUUUGAAUAAGAGUUUUGAAAAGAAUACUAGAGUGCCUUACAAGAUAUUCCUAGAAGUAUUGCUUGAUUUCCAACUUGAAUCUCACGAAAAAUUCCUUUCCAAGUUUGUGAAAAUGUUCAGAGAAGUCGACACCAACAAGGAUGGAAUUUUAAAUCAACAUGAAUUGAAGCAAUUAUUAGCAACAAUCAACCCUAACGGAACCGACGAAGAAUUCCAAAAUUUUGUUUCAAUCAUUGAUCCAAACAACAAUCAGCAAAUCACUUUCUCUGAGUGUGUGACUUUCUUGAGCGCUGAUUUGCUCAAGCUGGCUUCCGAAAGCUCGAUGAUUGUCAUGUCAACAGCGUCCACCAAUAAUACCAACAAAUCACAACAAUUGGGAGCCAGUUCUCUUUCCAUUAACGAUUUGUGA